CCAGACUUACAUAUCGCUUGACUAGAAUAUCUUACCUAUAUACUGCUUGUCGUUCUGUUUGUUCCUUUUUCUAUCUCUUCAUUAUCAUCUUUGUUUUCCUGCAUGUUGUCGAUCUAUUCAUCUAUCAUUACCGUGAUACUAGUAUCAUUUGCAUUAUUUUUGGCGUGUCUGCGACAAGAUUUUCAUGCAUUGGACAAUGUUACGGACUGGUUGAUUUGUGAUCUGGGCGGACGGGCGGACGGCGCGGGAUUCGCACUUGUUCUUGUUCUUUUUCUUUUCUAUUUUCUUUUCUAUUUUCUUUUCUAUUUUCUUUUCCUUCUUCUUUUGUUUGCAUUAGGUAUGGAGCCUGGGCCUGUUGCGGCGCGCUCUUGAGGACGUUCAUGCAUGAUCAACGCUGUGAUGACUCCGACGGUCUGGGACGUCGUUAUUUUGGAAUUUUCUGUCGGUCGCAAUCAUAUUUCAUAACCAUCUCCUCAACAGAAAUACCCUCUUUGGUGA